AUGUUUUACCACGACGUUGAACCAGGGCUUGCCGCAAAGGUGGCCGCCACACUUCUACCAGUGGCGCAAGAGAUCAUGCACGGGAAAUGCGAGUUUGAGCCAUGGAACCAAGGUUUCAACGUUAGCUACAUAUUCACUCAGGAGGAUUCGACACUGCCUUUUGAGGUCCAGCAAGCUAUGGCUUCUCAGUUUCCUGAGGGCAGCUUCACUAUUAGCCUGCUCACAAGCCAUUCUCCCUUCUUGAGCGCUCCGAAGGAACUAGGGAAUGCUAUCCAGGCUUGUAUCAAAUAUACUGGCAAGUUCUUCUCGUCUCAGACUACUCAGUCCCAGUCUCCCUGUAAACCUGCGAGCCCCAUUUUGUCUUUCGGCUUGCUCAAGGGCAGGGACUAUAGCUUGGGCGACCGUUUCGAGGAGCUGUCUCCCGAGUUCACCGCUGGCAGGAUUCAUAGAGACCAUGAAAAGCAGGUAUCCGAAGUCGCAAUCAAGCGAAAAAACGAUGUAGGCGGUGCGAGCGCCUAUGCCGCCGCUCUUGGUGUAGAGGUCGACACGGCGGGUUAG